AUGCUUCCUGGUCCUGUACGGCUGGAACCACGGCAAGAUGCCGAACCCGAGGACCUCUACACAGCUUAUAAUUUAUCCGUCCCAGUCGACCACUUCCACAAUGACUCGACAUACGAACCGCAUUCUGACGAUCAUUUCAAUUUGCGAUACUACUUUGAUGCAACUUACUACAAACCUGGCGGACCUGUCAUACUGCUCCAAAGCGGCGAGACCACUGUUGAAGACCGGCUCCCGUAUCUGCAGAAAGGGAUUGUUCACCAGCUUACGAAGGCCACCAAUGGACUCGGGGUUAUUCUUGAGCAUCGCUACUACGGGACCAGCUUCCCAACACCUGAUCUCGAGACGAAAAACUUACGAUUCUUGACCACACAGCAAGCGAUGGCCGAUCAAGCCUAUUUCCAGCAGCACGUUGUUUUUUCCGGUCUUGAGGAGUACAAUCUGACUGCGCCCCACACGCCCUACAUCGUCUACGGCGGAUCGUAUGCAGGAGCCUUUGUGGCGUUUAUGAGAGUCGUGUAUCCCGACAUCACUUGGGGAGCCAUCUCCAGUUCAGGAGUAACAGAGGCGAUCUAUGAUUACUGGCAGUAUUACGAGCCCAUCAGGAUUUACGGUCCGCAAGAUUGCAUCUCGACACAGCAGAAGCUGAUGAACGUCCUCGACAAUAUUCUCGUGGCUAACGACACGCAGACUAUCCAAGAUCUGAAGUCGGCAUUCGGCUUGCAGAACCUGACUGACAACCAAGACUUCGCAAACCAGAUCUCAUUUGGCAUCCAGGGGUGGCAGAGUCGCAAUUGGGACCCGGAGGUCAAUAGUCCUAGUUUUGAUGAGUACUGCAGAAACAUCACCUCGAGCGAGUUGCAAUGGCCUGCAACAGGCGAGCUCGCUUCCAACGCCUCGGCUCUGGUAGAGGCGGGUGGCUGGGGGAAUGAAAGCGACACUCUCCAGAAUCCUAUGCUCAACCUAAUCGGUUGGAUCAACGACACCUAUGUUUCGUCUUGCGAAUCCACCCAGAAUGAAUGCUUCAGCAUGACAAAUGGAACAUCGAAGAUGUAUACCGAUAAAAGUAUCGAGAACCAGGACUCACUGUCGUGGCCAUACCAGUACUGCACACAGUGGGGAUAUAUUCAGACCGGAUCUGGCGUUCCAGAGGGCCAGCUGCCGCUGAUCCCUCGCAUCCUCGACCUCGAAUACCUGACCUCGGUCUGUCGAUAUGCGUUCAAUAUCACCACUUCCCCAGAUCUCGAGUCAGUCAAUCAAUACGGCGGCUUCAACAUCUCCUACCCUCGUUUGGCAAUUGUGGGAGGAGAGACCGAUCCUUGGCGGCCAGCAUCGCCUCUGGCCACGCUGGACGUGGCAGAUAGGUUGAACGAUUCUAGCACUGUCGACCAGCCGCUCAUCCUCAUCGAGGGCGCAGUGCAUCACUGGGACGAGAAUGGCUUGUUCAGUAACGAGACAACACCAGAUCUACCUCCCCCAGCUGUCGCCAACGCCCAAGCGGAGAUCGCACAGUUUGUGCAGGCAUGGCUGAUGGAAUGGCAGCAGCACUGUUCUGAAAGUCCAGAGCAGUGCUAA